AUGGUUGACCCCUAUGUAAUCUCUCGACCCAGCCACGGGAACGGGCAAGUCGAACGCCUCAGCGGGACACUCUGGAACGCAAUCCAGCUUGACCGUGCCUCAAAGUAUGAGCCCGUCGUUGAGGAAGUCGAACUUAUAAAUUGCAAUCCACAUUACGCCCGUGUUCGUUUUCCCGGCGGGAAAGAAAGCACUGCAUCCGUCCGCCAUCUCGCUCCUUGUGGUGAUCGCACACAUGUCAACGAUUUCACGCGUACCUCAUCCAAUGAAGACAAUGGUGUUCAUGCACCCCCUCUAUCUGACUUGCACACGCCUCCGCUCAAUAACAUUGGAGAUGAUAUCGAUCAUACUUCAGUCUCACCCCCGUGCCCGGGCAAUGCACCUGCAUCUCCAGAUACAUAUGACCCUAGCAUCUCUGAUUUAGCCAGGCUCCAGCAGCGUACACGGCCCUACAUUUUAAGAAAUCGAGAAGCCUAA